AUGGCCUCUUCGAAGCAAUCAGCACGACAUGACCUCAACGACGACAAGCUGGGCAAGUACCUACAACAGCACAUUUCAAUUCUGAAGCUUCCCAUAAUAUCAACGAAGAUCGGAUAUGGGCAGAGUAACCCGACUUACUUUGUUGACGAUGCCAACAAUGUUCGAUACAUCCUUCGAAAGAAGCCCAGCGGAACCAUCAUCUCGCCAGUUGCGCACCAGGUCGAUCGAGAGUACAAAGUACUCGAAGCACUUGGAAAGGUUAGCGGUUUCCCAGUACCAAAAGUGUUUUGCCUAUGUAUGGAUACGUCAGUCAUUGGGACAGCAUUCUACGUAAUGGAAUUCGUCAAAGGCCGUAUCAUCACCGACCCAAAUCUCUCCACCUUGCCACCGACCCAGAGGCGCUCAGCCUGGUUCUCGAUGAUAUCCACGUUGGCCUGGUUGCACUCCAUUGAUCCAGAUACCAUCGGCCUUUCGGGCUUCGGUAAGAAGACUGACUUCUACACGCGCCACUGUAACACCUUCUCGCGCAUAGAAUCCCAGCAGGCCAAAGUCAAAGAUAUCAACACAGGCAAAGAAUUAGGUCGUGCGCAUUCAAACUUCGACGAAAUUGUUGACUACAUUCGCAAGAACGUGCCCACAGAUCGCUCUAGCAUUGUCCAUGGCGACUACAAGUUCGACAACCUGAUCUUGCACCCUACUGAGCCGAGAGUCAUUGCAAUUCUCGAUUGGGAAUUGAGUACGCUAGGAAACCCGAUGAUGGACGUGUGCUACGCGUGCGGCCCGUACUGGAACCGAGCGGCAAAAGGUGGCGCAGUAAGGGAUGAUCAGGGCGGUGAGGUGUAUCUGCCUGAGAACCAGAGGAGUAACGGGAUGCCCAGCAUGGACGAGUUGGUAGAUGAGUAUACGAAGAUCGCCGGGUGGGAUCCUAGGACGGAUCAAUGGGAGAUUGCAAAGGUGUUUCACUUGAUGCGGGGCAGCACGAUCAGUCAUGGGAUCCAAGCAAGGACUAUCAGCGGGCAGGCGAGCAGUGAGUUCUCGCACAUAUACUUUGAAAACACGAAGAAAGGGCUGGAUACGGCACUUGCGAUGGUACGCUCGAUGAAGGAUAAGGAGCCGUCCACGAGCGUUUUGUGA